UGUGUGUGUGUGUGUGUGUGUGUUCAAUUAAGUUUGAUCACCAGGGAAAACCGCAUCACUGUUGUCUAGAACAGAGGUUUCCAAAGUGUGGCCCGGGGACCAUUUGCAGCCCGCAGCUACAUUUUUAAUGGCCUACAGCACACUCUUAAAAUACCUUAAAAUAAAAAUAAAGUAAAAAAAUACAAAUAAAAAAAGUCAUACUUAACUGAUACUAUGUAGAAACAAUAGACAGUAGCUGUAAUUGUAAUAUAUACAACCAAAUAAGAAGAUUAAUGAGAGCAGGGGUGUCCAAAGUGCGGCCCGGGGGCCAUUUGUGGCCCACAGCUAAUAGUUUACUGGCCCGCCACACAUUCUGCAGAAAUUGCAAAAUUGAUAGUAUUGCAAAAAUUAAAAAAAAACAUUUAAAAAAAGUGGAAUGAGGUGAAAUCUAAUGAGAAAAAGUCGCAAUUUUGACACAAAGCUGCCAUGCAGGAGGUUUUUUUUUUUCUUUUUGUCUUUAUUUUCUUUUUUUUCCAUUGCAUUGCUCAAAAAAAAAAGGACAAAAAAAUCUGUUAUUAUGACUUAUUACUUAAAAAUGAUCCCUUUUAAAAUGUUUUAUGUGGAAAAAAUAUUGCAUAUGUUGUGUGGUUGCCGUAUAAAAACAUCAACGUUUUGACAAAAGAGCAUAAAACAAACAAAAUAAUAGUUCAAACUUAAAAUGGACUGAUAUAUUGGAAGUUGAUCUUGAAAUUUAAGUUUUAAAAGUAAAAAAAAAAAAACAAUAAAAAUGUAUCACUUAAUGAGUGGGGAACCUUUCGGAUCUUAAAUAUAUUUAGUAGGAUUUUAUUUAACUUUUCACUGCGAUUAAUCAAAAAUAUUAAAUAAAAUCAAUGGUGUCCUGCAUUAUUGAUCAUUGAGGGCUUUAAUUGCUAAAUAAAGGAACUCUCCUGAAGGAAUCAAAGUACUAUCUAUCUAAAUACUGCAUAUUUCAGUUUUAGUAUAAAAAACAAAGUUGUCUUUGACAGAAAAGGCAUAAAACCUUAUUUGUUUUACUUUAUAUCAACCUCAAGUUAAUAUAGAAAUUUACUGUAAGCAUUAAAUGAAGAAUAAUGAUAAUAAUUUGACUUAUUUUUUAACAUUUUAGUGACUGAGAUCCUCUAUGCUCCCCAGGAGCCCUAAGGAUUAAAAAAAAAAAAAUAAAUCCAUAUAUUUUGUUAUGGUUUGAAAAUGAAAAAUGUCACAAUGGUCCCCGCAUGCUUAAAUGUUUCCAUGUGGAAAAGUUUGGACACCCCUGAUUUAGAGCAAUAAAUGAUGCAAUUUUCCAUCAAUGUAUUUUAAAUGCAGUAAUAAACAACAUGACAUUGAAGUCCUGGUUGAUGAAACACGACGGCUGUCAAUCAAUGGGUGAUCAGUGGGAUGAGGAAAGUGUUGAUUAUUUAACUUUAAUCCACUUUAAUCCGGGAUGAUCCUCGCCUUGAUCCACUCAGCACUCGUUAGUCCUCAAAAUGCUUCGGCCAUAUUGCUCACGCCGCGGAGACGCUCCGUCAGGAUGUGGACUCUUUUUACAGGGGGGCUGAGGUGUGCCCAUUAUCUUUGAGGAGGCAGGAAGGUGGGGGGGGGGGUCCAGACUGAGUGGAGCCACGGUGGAACAGCCUCAUUGAGACGCUCUCAUUAAGGAGGAGGGGGGGUGUCGGGCUUUGAUGUGCGUCGAGGUGGGACGUGGCCUAUAAAGUACAGGGAAGCUCUUGAGGAACGCCACUUACCUGCACGCCGACCGGACUCAGCACCUUCCAGAAACCUCCUGAGGAUUACUCGCAACAUGAGGGGACACUUCUCCAUCGAGUGGAUGGCCCAAAGCAGCCAGCCCGCCGCCGCCGCCGGGACCGACGCCGAAAGCCUGCCCGGGUUUUAUCGCCGACCGAAGAGCAAGAGCGGACCCCAGCUGGAGCGCAGAGGUGACAACCAUGGAGCGUCCGUGCAGCAGCGAGGGUUGGAGGCGGGCUUCAGCAGCGGGACCGAGGAGGAGACGUCCGGUUACGAGAGCGAGGGCGAGCGUACCACCUCGCCGCCGGCCGCCCCGGCCUCCUCGCCGCCGACCCCCCCCUCGGGGAGGAGGCCCCGUACGGCCUUCACGGCGGAGCAGGUGAGCAGCUUGGAGCGGGCCUUCAAGAGGAACGCCUACCUGGGGACGCAGGACAAGGCGGAGCUCUGCAAGAAGCUCAACCUGUCGGACAAACAGAUCAGAAACUGGUUCCAGAACCGGCGCAUGAAGCUGAAGAGGACGGUCCAGGACGCGCUGGCACACGCCUGCCAGGCCAACGCCGCCUCCCACUUCACGCACUACCCCGAAAUGCAGGCCUUCAGGCCGGCGCCGUACCCCAGGUAUCACCCGGCGCCGCCGCCGCAAGACGCCGCCUUGGCUCACCCUCACGGCCUUCAGUACGCCUCGCCUCUGCCGCCCGCCAUGCCCUCGCUGCCUCUGGACUCUCUCUACCUGCCAGGCGCCAUGAUGCCCGCCGCCACGCCCCCUCCUCUCAUGGGCUCCUACCCAGCCUACCCUCAGUACUACUGACCAAUGGCCUGAAUAUGCUUUUAUUUUGGAACAGGAAGUGUUUUUUUUAAUCCAAAUAGUGUAAUAAUUAUGUUCGUAACGUUUUUGAAGGGUUGUGUGCAAUAAUGUGUCGGAGGGAAUGAUUGCAAAUAAAUGUAUUGACACUGGA